AUGCUUCCCCCCAGACUCUUGCUGGCUGCAGCGUGUAUGCUUGGCAACUCCCUCCCUGCAUUUGCGCAGACGACCGACGUCGAUAGCAACGUCAUUGAGCCUGCCGAUUUCAACUUGUCCAAUGCCUUGUUGGAGCACGGGGUCGCGGUCUCGGAUAUUCCUAGCUUGUCAACCCUCGGAAAACCAUCACAGCCCGAAUGCUCCGUUGCUUGCGACACGCUAAAAUUUCUCUACGGAGACGGCGCUGUCGAGACCAGAAAUGAGGCAGCAUACAAUAGUUUCGUCGGGUCAUACUGGUCGGCGAACCAGGCUGCGGUCAGGCCUUGGUGCGUCUUCAAACCGUCCCAGGCGGCGCAGGUCUCUGUGUUUGUGCUCCUGUCUCGUUUGACCCACUGCCCCUUCGCGGCCAAGAGCGGUGGGCAUGCUGCCAUGGCUGGUGCUUCCAGUGCUCAGGAUGGCAUCACCGUUUCGUUUAUGAACAUGACGGGUAUCAAGCUGUCUGACGACAAGAAGAUUGCUUCAAUCGAGCCUGGGAAUAUUUGGGGCGACGUCUACAGGGAGCUCACCAAGUCCGAUGUGACCGUUAUCGGAGGUCGGUUGUACAAUAUUGGCGUAGGAGGGCUGACGACCGGAGGUGGAAUUUCCUAUUUUUCCAAUGAGCACGGCUGGGCUUGUGACAAUGUGGAAAGCUACGAUCUUGUCGUUGCGACUGGCGCCGUGAUCCGAGUCUCGGCGACGACUUAUCCGGAUCUCUUCUGGGCCCUCCGUGGUGGCGGCAACAACUUCGGCCUGGUCGUCAACUUCAACCUCAAGACGACCACCCUCCCAGGUGGCAAGAUGUGGGGAGGCAGAAGGACGUACACAGAGAACAACUUUGACAAGGUUGCUGAGGCAUUCCACAACAUUGUCGUCAAUUCUGAACAAGACAACAAAGCCGGCUUGUGGCACGUCUGGAUGUAUGCUUUUGAGACCAAAAUGACGGUUCCGACGCUUUACUACAGCGAGCCCAACGGCAGUCACGCUGCCAUUUUCGACGAGUUCAACAAGAUUCCAGCCUACGACGAUGCUACACAGGAUCACAUCCUAGCGGAAUUUGCCGCUCAGGGGAUGUAUGAUACGCCCCCAGGCCUGCACGAAGUCUACUAUGUCAUCAGCACAAAGGCGGACUUGAGCCUUCAAAACUGGGCCAAAGAUCUCUACUUCAAGGAGGUCAUGGCCGUCGCGAAUAUAUCUGGCAUCGUGCCCGCUCUCACGAUGCAAGGUAUCACGAUUCCGCAGCUCAUGAAAAUGCGAAACAACGGCGGAAAUGCGUUGGGUUUGAACGUCGACGAUGGGCCACUCUACAUCAUCCAGAUGGCUGUCAUGUGGGCCGACGAAAAAGACAGCGAGGCCGUCUACCGUUUUGCGUCCAACCUCCUUGAGAAAAUCUCCGACGAGGCAAAGCAGCGAGGGUUGUACAAUGACUUUGUGUACAUGAACUACGCCAGCCAGUAUCAGGAUGUGGUCAGCAGCUACGGGAAGGACAACAAAGACAGGUUGAAGAGCAUCUCUGCGAAGUACGAUCCCAACGGUGUCUUUCAAAAACUGCAGCCGGGGUAUUUCAAACUUGAUCGUGCGCCAAUUACUGGCACCAAAUACUUUUCGUUCUAG